AUGGCUCCGAGCAGGAUGGAAACUAAACCAGUGAUCUUGUGUGUGAAGACGCUGCUGCUGCUCUACUGUCUCGUCUUCUGGGUGUCUGGUGUGGUGCUGCUGUCAGUGGGGUUAUGGUGGAAGUUCAUGUUGGGCCCCUACACGCUGCUGAUCUCCAGUGGUCCAUCAAUUGCACCGUAUGUCCUCACUGGCACCGGGGCCGCCAUCGUGCUGUUUGGACUGUUUGGCUGCUUCGCCACCUGCAGGGGGCGCCCUUGGAUGUUAAAACUGUACGCUGUGUUUCUGUCUCUGGUCUUCAUGACUGAACUAAUCGCUGGAAUCUCUGGAUUCGUCUUUCGCCAUGAGAUUAAAGGUACGUUCCUCACAACGUACAGUGAGGCCGUGUUGGGAUACGACGGACGAGACGACAGGAGUCUGGCUGUGGACAGUGUCCAACGUAGAUUACACUGCUGUGGUGUUUAUAACUACACCAGCUGGUUCAGCAGUGUGUAUUUUCCCGUCAGCGGGAUUCCCGCCAGCUGUUGCGUCAGUUUCUCCGACUGCAGCACCGCCGACUUGAAAAACGCAACCCUGGCUGCACGCAAAGUCCACAAACAGGGUUGUUAUGAGUUGGUGACAUCCUUCAUCGAGGGAAACAUGGGAAUCAUCGCUGGAGUUACUUUCGGCAUCGCCUUCUCUCAGCUGAUAGGUGUGUGUUUGGCGUGCUGUUUGUCUCGCUUCAUCAACGCCAACCAGUACGAGAUGGUGUGACAGAAGAAACGAGGAGGCCUGUUACCAUGGAAUCAGACACGUUGCUCUUGUAUUUAUUUUUGUUGUUUUCAAUAUUAAUUGAUAAACAUAGUGCCGCUUGGGCGUGUCAUCGAUUGGUUGUUGUUGAUUCUCUCCAGACUUUCAUACAGUUUCAAUUAGAAAAUAAUUCCUUGAAAUGUAUGAUCACAAAUCUGAAUAUGAUGAAUUUUGUUUUGAUUUUAUGACAUUAAUGCAACAUGUCAACAAUAACUAAACAUUAUUCAUUAUAUAAACAAUUAUUCAGUGAUCUAUGAGCAUUAAUUGUUUCUUUUCUCUUCACAUGUAUUUUCCUUGAUGUUAUUGUGGAUCUCAGCUGUCUGAGUGUAAUAACGUUAUGAAAAAAUAAAUAAAAGUCAUUAAAGCUGCUAAAUGGAGUUCAAGGUGACA